AUUGGUUUUGAGCUGCAUUUGCGUCAACAACAAUUUACUAAUCUAACAUCCUAAGGCCUUGUGGGGGGUUGUGAAGUAAUCUUGAAUGGCGUAAUGGGAUUUCGGAGUCUACUACCACUACUAACAAUUGCUAGGUGCCAUUUCAAGCCUGUGGAUCCCUCAUCAACAAGAAUAUGUUUGCCUUGGAUGAAAUGAAGACGCAGGCAACGGGGUGACUGAGUGAGGACGUCUGAUUCAUUCAAGAAUGGAUUAAAUCAGGAAUACAGGAGCUUGAUAAACGCAGGAAAACUCCACCAUCUUGCCAUGGAGGGGUCAGCUGUAAAAAAAAAACCAGGAUUUGGACAAAACAAAAAAGAGAUCCCUGCUGACCUUCUGACUCUGUCCCAUAACUCUGCAGCGGACUGCAGCAAUGCUGAACCUGCUCAAGCAAGGAAACUCAGCGGUUCCUCAGCAGAGGCACCAAGCUACCAAAACCUACACAGAGAACUGCUGCUUAGCCAUAAACGGGGCCUCCUGCUGGAGGAGAAACCAGAGCUGAAACGAGUGUUGGAGCAGCGCAGACUGGAGCGGCACAAGGAGGAGGAGAUGGCACGACAGGGGCCGUCAGAUCUAGAGAUGGAGCUCCGCAAGAGGCAGCAAAAGCUGCAGGAGGUCAGUAUGAGCAGGAGGAGAUCAGACAACGGGAGAACCAGCAGAAGAUCCCAGAGUUUGUCCGUGUCAGGGACAAUCUGAGGCGCACGCAGACGUUUGAUCAGCCGUGAAGCGUUCCAUCUGUGUGUGCAUACUCUCACCAUAGUGGCCCUAAAUAUUUAUGUUGAAUGCCUACUACAAGACACAUUAACAAAGAACAACUCUUUUUUUUAUUAUGGGUGUAUGCAUGCAUAAACCAAAAUCACAAGUCUACUUUGAGCUGGAUUCCUAAACUGUUUCUAGAGAGAAAAAGAAGUGCUCAUUUUUUCUGGAGACAGGAAACAAUGCUGUAAGGAUGAAUGUUUUUUUUAAUUAUUAUUUUUAUGGUUGCUGAAUGAUUGUAAUCUUUUGCAAGUUUUGAUUUGCCCUCUGGCAUUCUUGGAUUAAAAGACAUUGUUACUGCUUAUAAAAGGGCUGUAAUCAUCCAAGUCUGAUUUUAUUUCAUGUGAUUGCCAACAGAACUGUCUUUUAUCAAACAUAACCAACCGCAUCUCCAAGUUUGUUGAGGUGAUCUCUUGUAACCUUUUCAUUUCAAGCAUUUAAGUGUUGCUUUGAAAAAAAAAGACAUGUUGGCUUUCACCAAUGUCUUGUGCUGGACACAAUUCAAAGCAUUGGGGAUUGAUUUGCAGGCAAGUCCUCUCUCUGCGGACUCUCGCAGGUCUUUCACACGGAUAUGGGACUUUGUUUAAUUAGCUAAUCUUUUCAUUCCAUCACGGGUCGAAGAGAAAAAAGGACAGGCCAUCUGGUGGAGCCUUUUCAGGAGGGCUAGGAAUACCCAAAGGUCUGAUUAAGGCACUGCAGACAUUUUGGACAGUCACAGAACGCACUGGCUGAGGCUGGACUCUCAGUUUAAGUAAUGUUUAGACUGUUCUAUCACUUUCUCAAUCAAAAAAGAGCAUUCAAGAAUUGGCAUAAAAAGUAUUUAAAAAUUGCUCUUUGGAGGUAAAUUUGUGAAUUUAUCAUAAACCUUGAAUAUGAUGUACAAAAAAAGCUUAUGCAUAUAUGUCCUGAAAUGUUUAAGCUCAACCCAUGAAAAGUGUAUCAUGUUUAACUCAACAGAUGUGGAAUUAUAAAAUAAAUAAAAAAGUCUGCAUGUU